AUGGAGGAAACUACAGGAUCGAAACUUACGGUGCAGGGGUUCGGAUCCUCAGUGCCGGCGGCUAAGAGUGACCGAGCAGGCUCGAAGUCGUCGUCAUCCCUCGGCUGCAAUGAUGCGGGGUUCCGCUUGGCCCCAACAUCAGAUAGUGCUACAAGCAGAUCUUCAAAAGAUAACCGUAUCGCCACGGAGAAGGUGGUCAUGUUACCCCGGUUCCUGGUAAUAAAAAGAAGUGAAGGAGACUUUCUUAAAGUUAAUCCUUUCGUAGUUUCGAAGAUUCUUUAUGGACUUAUUGGAGAAGUAAAGAGCAUAAAAAAAAUUAAAGAUGGGCUUUUAGUUGAAACUGUUUCAAACAAACAAUCAGAAAAACUUUUAAGUUUAGUAAGAUUUGGCGACUUUGAUGUUUCAGUUCAAAGACACAGAACCUUAAAUACUUCAAAGGGUCUAAUAACCUGCCCGGAUUUAUUAAAUUGUACUGUAGACGAGAUUGAGAGAAGUCUACUGGACCAAGGCGUAAUCGAGGUUAAAAGAAUUCAAAGGAAACGAGACAACGUAACCUUUGAUACUGCUAAUCACAUUCUUACCUUCGACAAACCAACUUUGCCUAAAUAUGUAAAAGCCGCAUUUUAUAAUUUACCAGUCAGACCAUACAUACCAAACCCAAUGCGGUGCUUUAAGUGUCAGAAAUUUGGCCACGUAGCAGAUAAAUGUAUUAAUCGAGAAGUUUGUGUUUGUGGCCAAGAACCCCAUGCCGAUGCACCAUGUGCCGAUCAUAUGGUUUGUGUUAACUGUGGGGGAGAGCACUCAGCUCGGUCAAGAAAUUGCCCAACCUUUCAAGAAGAGAUGGCGAUUCAAAAGAUCAAAACUCUUGAAAGAAUUACUUAUAUAGAAGCCCGAAAAAAAAUCGUGAAGAACAAUCUACAAAAAUCUUUUUCAGAAGUUACCAAAACUAAUAUUGAUCCUAAACCAAAUGUUGUAAAUGUCAAAAAUAUAAUUCAAGAAAUAAUUCCGGAAAUAGUUAAAAUCUGUAAAACCAUUUUAAUGGAGGAAAAAUCUUUUCCAAAACCAUUAGCUCCAGUCUCAAGCUCACAGCCUAUUUCUAGGUCAAGAGCUAGUUCAAUUGCAUCCACGUCAUCCAAAAAGCGCUCACACUCGAGCGAUGCUCCUGGUGGCGAGUCUGAUAACUCCCAAACCAGUGAGACGAGCAAGGGCGAAAAACACGAAAAGAAAAAGAAAGGAUGGAAAAAAGGGAGGCCACGAAAACCUCCCAAGGACUUCGAAGUCGCCAGUUUUCCCGGCGACGGAGUCAGUUAA